CUCCGAAGCCCCCCCCCCCACCCCCCCGCCUCCCUGGCUGUCUACUAUAACAUGAGCUCUGGCUCCGCCCAGGAUGUGGCAGUCGAGCAUUUCCUGCGGGACAUAGAGAGGCGGGGCAAGCGGCUACACUGCGCUGUGAUUGGCUGCGGCGAGGAGCGACCCCACGGCGACAUGAACCUGCUGUACCGCAAGAGCCGGCUGGACUGGAGGCAGCGGGAGCAGCAGGAGGGGAGCAGCAAGAAGAGCGCUGCGCAGAAUGACCCCUCUGCCACGGUGGGCAAAGGUCGCGACCUGGCCUCCUUCCGCCGCCACUUCCGCAUGGGGUUCAUGACCAUGCCGGCGUCGCAGGACCUCUCGCCGCACUCCUGCGCGUCGGCCAUGGCGCCGCGCUCGCAGUCGUGCCACGCGGUGGGCGCCGGGGACCCGGGCCUGGAGAGCGAGGACUACUCGGACACGCAGUCGCAGCACGGCGCCCGCUGCCCGCCCGUCAAGCCCAAGCGCCACCCCAGCACGCGGCUCAGCGCCUCGGGCUCCGCCUCCUCCUCCUCCUGCGGCGCCUCGGACCCCCGGGGGCCCCCCAACGCCCCGCCCCCGCCGCCGCCGGGGGGCCACACGCAGGGCAAGCACUCGGAGAAGAAGAACGGCAUGAAGAAGUCGGACUCGGGGGAGCUGGGCGGGAAGAAGGUGCCCCCGCUGAAGCCCAAGCGGAGCCCCAGCACCCAGCUGACCUUCGAGACCCCGCCCCCUCGGGCGCCGUCGGCCGCCGGCUCCUCCUACCAGGGCGCCGACGGCCAGCAGCGGGGCGGCGACAGCGAGGACGAGCCCGUCUACAUCGAGAUGGUGGGCAAGGUGUUCCCCCGGGAGAGCCAGGCGUCCACGCCGCACCCCGCCGCCCCCGCCGCCACCACGCCCGACUCGGACUCGGACCAGAGCGAGGCCAUCUACGAGGAGAUGAAGUACCUGCUGCAGGAGGACCGCGGCGGCCGCGGCGGCGGCGGCGGCGCGGCGGCGGGCCAGCGACGCCCGCCCACCAAGCACGACAAGCUGAAGGGCUCCAAGCACUACCGCGCGGCGGCGGCGGCGGCGGCCUCCAGCAGCGGCUCCCCGGUGCCGCGCGCCACCUCGGCCUCGCCCUCCUGCUCCAAGGCCAAGGCCGCCGUGUCCGCGUCCCACUCCUCGCCGCUGCCCUCCUCGGCGUCCUCCACCCCCGUGCCCCAGGCGCUCUCCUCCAGCCCCCACACCCCCCGGGCGCCCACCCCCUACCUGCUGCCCGGGAACAAGUCGGAGACGGAGUGCGGCGGCGGCGGCGGCGGCGGCGGCGGCGGCACCAAGAUCCCCGCGCCCUUCCCCAACCUGCUGCAGCACCGCCCGCCGCUGCUGGCCUUCCCCCAGCCCGCCGCCGCCUCCAGCGGGGUGGGGGUGCAGCAGAAGGCCUCGGCCUCGGCGAAGCAGGGCACCCAGUCCCUCGGCACCUCCACCCAGCCCUCCUCCUCGUCCUCGUCCGCCGGUCCCUCGGCCGGCCUCGCCGCGUCGGGCUCCAAGGAGUCGUCGGGGGGGGGCUCCGCCCAGCAGGACAAGCACGGCCGGGGCGACGCCCAGCUGGGGCCCGCGCCGGGCCUGAGGGCCAGGAGCCACUCCACGCCGCUGCCGCCCUCGUCCAAGUCCACCUCGCCCUUCUCCCACCACCACCACCACCACCACCACCCCCACCACCGGCCCUCGCACUACCACCACUACCGCAAGCCCGAGCGGGGGGACUCGCCGGCCAUGGUGAAGAGCAGCUCCCAGGGCUCCGGCCAGGGGUCCACGCAGAGCCAGAUGGGGGGCCAGGGCUCGGGCAAGGAGGGCAAGUCGGUCAGCUUCCUCCUCAAGUCGGACAAAGGGGACAGGGAGCGAGACAGGGACCGGGACAGAGACAGAGACCGGGACAGGGACAGAGACCGGGACAGAGACAGAGACCGGGACCGAGACAGAGACCGGGACCGAGACAGGGAUAGAGACAGAGACGGAGAUCGGGUCAGAGACAGGGACAGAGACAGAGAUCGGGAUAGGGACAGGGGGAGAGAAAGAGACCGAGAUCGCGAGAGGGAAAGAGAUAAGGACAAGGAUAGAGACCGGGACCGAGACAGGGACCGAGAGAGGGAAAGAGACAAAGACAGAGACAGAGAUCGGGACAGGGACAGGGACAGGGACAGGGACAGGGACAGGGACAGGGAUGAGCGAGGAGGCGCACACUCCCUGGGGGAAGGCACUCCCUCCAGCAGCAGCAUCACAUCUCAGGGCAGUGGCGGCAGCUCCACGCCCACGCCCCUGCGUCCGCACUCGCGACCCCACCUCCGCUCCCACACCUCCCACGGCCUGCCUGCCUACAAGCCCCCCUCCUCGGACAGCCCCCUCCUGUGGACGUACCCCUCGGUGGGCUUCAGGAGACCCCCGGCCUACGAGAGCCUCCGGGGGCCCUCCAGCAUGCCUCCGCUGCAGCAGGGCCCCGGGGCCUCCGGCGGCGGAGAAGGCUCGUCGAAGGGGAGCGGAGGGUCCGGGUCCCUCCCGGCGAAGGCGGGCUUCAUGCCCUGGGACAGCGGCAGCGGGCUGGCCUUCGGGGACGAGGGCUACUAUUGGCCGGUGCAGAGGAAGCUGUCGUUCAGCCACGGCAGCAGAGACGCAGAGAAGGAGGAAGGGCGAGCGUGGAAUGGCAGUGCUGACGCCCUGCUGAGGACGGACAAGGAGGAGCCGGGGUCGCGGCGGGGUCACUCGUCGGGCAACCACUCGCACUUCAGCAGCUCAGGCGCCCGCAGCCUGGGGUACGGGGACCCCCUGGGGGGCGGGGAGAGCAGCCAGGGCUUCAGGGCGCUGCUGCCCCGCUCCGGGCACCCGCUGCCCUGUCAGACGUUCCCCGCCUGCCGCAACGGAGAAGUGGGGCGCCUGGGUCGCUCCUCCUCGUCCGCGGGAGUGAGACAGUCCAUGGGGGGGGACGUCCAGCGACAGAGCAGCCUGCCGGCGCGGGAAGCCCUGAAUCAGGUGCACGGCCUGCCCCAGCCCCGGGCGCCCGGCAGCCCCGCCCCAUCACGGCAGCAGCAGCAGUUCCAGCUCCACCAGCAGCAGCUGCAGCUGCAGCAGCAGCUCCAGCAGCUCCAGCAGCAGCACCACCUCCAGCUGCAGUUCCAGCAUCUGGCCCAGCUGGCGCAGGGGCAGCCGCCGUCCGGCGGGGGCGGGGCGGGGUCGUCGGCGCAGACGCAGCGUGACGGCAAGCUGCUGGAGGUGAUCGAACGCAAGCGCUGCCUGUGCAAGGAGAUCAAAGCCCACCGCCGGCCGGAGAAGAGCUUGUGCAAGCAGGACAGCAUGCCCAUCCUGCCCAGCUGGAGACGGACACCUGAGCCCCGCAAGAUUGGCACGCCCCCCUGCCAGAGGCCCCAGGCCGUGGUGUGGGACACUGCCAUCUGAGUGGCCAUGGGACGCAGCGGGGGGGGGGUGGUGGGAGGACUUUUGGAGAUGGGAGGCGGCGGCGACAGUGCCGCCACCACAGAGGAAGAGGACAUGGGGGGGGGGGGGGGGGGUGAGGAAAGAGGACCUUUUCUCUUGCACUUGUGUCGAUGCUGGCGAGGCGUAGGGUGCAACCUUAAGAUUAAAAAAAAAGCAACAGUGGCUUUGAAAGGUGUCAGGUAAAACGCCAGAGAUUAAGGUCAAGUUUCUUAUAGAAAAGACGGGAGGGAAUUAAAAUUAACAAUCAGAUUAAAUCCAAUUUCUUAGCCACUCGGUUUGUA